AUGGCGCGGGCGGGCAAGCGUCGCUGCCGGGGCAGGCCUCCCUACGCCGACCUCCCCUACAGAUGCAACAGGUCUUGGCGCAUCGUCCAGAACAGAUCGGCGCUUUGGAGACCAUCAACGGGUUCUACGCGGCGGCGCUGGACCGGCUGCCGGUGGGCGAGAUGCCGGCGCUGGUCCCGCGCCUCCUCAAGGCCGGCCUCUGCGUCGGCUUCUCGGACCCCGUCUCCAACAUCGUCUCCUCCUGCAGCAGCCGCGCCCCCGAGCGCAAGCCCGCCGCUAUCACGCCCGUGCCGUCCGAGCCCAGCGGCGGCGACGACGACUCCAUCGGGCGCGAGACGAAGCGGAAGGCGGCGGCGGAGGAGGGCGCUCUCCCGGGCCGUCGCGGACACCGGCGACGUCAAGUACUGCCCCCCGCUCCGCGCCCUCCUCCGCGACAUGCCCGUCGCGGCGCGGUCGCUCAAGGCGCUCGUCGCGUUCCUCACCUACUACUUCCGCUACCUCCGGGUUUCCGAGGCGCUCGAGUACCUCCGCCUGGCCGGGGCCGACCCCCUCGCCGCCGUGCGGCUCAUCUCGGAGGACCGCACCUACUCCGGCCGCAGCUUCAGCUUCGCCUCUCGGACCACCAAGACGGCCCUAAAAUGCGCCGCCCUGGCCGCCUGCCACCCCAAGCCCAGAGCCCUCGUCAACAGGUCCUACUCGUUCGCUUCCCGGAUGGAGGUGGUGUCGCGGCUCCUCGCCGCGGAGGGCGGCAGCCUCUCCUGCACCGCCGUCGAGGACAUCGCCGGAUUGCUGACCAAGAGCCGGCGAAAGCUGCGCGGCCUCGCCGGAGUAACCCCGCCGCAGUUCCAUCUGGAGCUGACCAGGCCGCCGCCGUUUGUUCCUACGAAAUCUCUGCAGAGCGUCCUGCUCGACAGGGUCUGCGGAUUGUACGUGGAUGCGCUCGCCCGGCUGCCGGCGGCCGACCUGCGGCUGCGCUACCACCGGAGCCUCCUCAAGGCCGGCCACUGCUAUGGCCCUUUCAGGGAUCCUGUCUCCAACAUCGUGCUCAACACCGUGUGGUACGAGGCCAUGUUCCCGCCGCGAGAAGAGCUCUCCGUGGCCAUGAUCUGCUCCAGGAGCCUUGUUCUCGUGGCGUGCCGCUCGCUCCGUGGCCUUGGCUUUGUUUGGUUGGGCUAGAAUCCUAGCGCGCUAGGAAUAGUAACAACUUUGACCGCUAAUUACGGUGUCAAAUAAAGUCAGUUUACAAAACCAACUUCAGAACCCCUGCGCUAGUGACUAUAAAGAAUCCAACGAGGUCUUUGACCGCGCGAUUAGAUGAUGAUACUGUAGUAUCACUGUAGCAAAUUAUCGAUUAAUUACAGUCAUUAGAUUCAUCGCGAAAAAUUACACUUAUUCCUAAAAAGGUUUUUCAAAUAGACUUCAUUUAGUGCUUCAUGCAUACGAUAUUCUUUUUCCGGGAAGCGUGCCAAGUGUCGCC